UGAGAAAAAGUGUUUUAUGGUUUUGGCGAAAAAAUGCGUUUUUACAAUUUUGGUAGAAAUUUGUGUUUUACGAUUUUGGGGGAACUGUCUUUUCGCGGCUCUGGCGAAAAAUGCGUUUUUGCUAGAAAAUGUGUUUUUGCGGGAAAAUGCGUUUUUACGGAUUUGGGGAGAAAAUUGGCGCAAUUGCAGUUUUGGCGGGAAAUUGUAUCUAUAAACAAAUUAGGAUUUUUUGGUUUGAAAAAAUAUUUUUGUUUUAAAAAGUUAUUUUUAUCAUUUAUCAUUUUGGACUGAACCAAAUGCACCUGCAUCCAGAUGCACCAUCAAGAUUCACCCUCGUUUGGGUGAGAAUAUGAGAUUAAUUUUUGAAAAUUCAGCUGGAUAAUAUAUCUAGGUGUAACAUUAUAACCUACAAAACGAACAUCUAUCUGCAUCUUAUGGGUUACGGGGUGAACAAACGAAAAGCACCAAUAUCAAAAGUAGAAAUGUUCAAGAAAAAACGUAACUACAUAUGUGGUGGUGGUCCCCCUUUUUGUGGCCAUAUAAAAACUAUUUUAAAAUAUUGACUUAACCUUUGUGGUGGUUGGUCUUUGUUUAUAAUAAUUUGACUAUAUGUUGAAGACAUUUGGCUUACAUUAUUGAUCUUCUCUGUCUAUGGGGAUUAUUAAUCCGAAGAACUCGGAGAAAUAGAUAGAGAGAGAAAGAAAAGACUUUUAAAAGAGAAACAUUUGGAUUCUUUCUUGUGUAGUGAGAUUGGCCAAACCCCUAGUAGAUACAAACCUUGAGGUACUAUUCACUCAUAAAGCAUUAGAGAAACACAGGGAAUCUUGACAUUGAGAUCUUGAUCCCCAUCCUGAUAAUAAGUUGAUAUUGACAAACCAAGUCGAAACGCAAUAUAUUUUUUUAUUGACAACUUGUUCCACAGGACUACAUAUAAAAAGACCGGAGCCUAUUACGUGUCCAUGUACAAGGUUGACUAACUGUUAAAGUUUGGAGAUGGAGAUAUAUAUAGAGAAUUGGUCAGAGCACAAGUAAAAUCUCGACAUCCUCCUCUCUUGUCCAAGUUUUCAAAUUGUCCCAACCAGCAGCAGUAAGUAUAAAAUGGUGUUCUGUGGGCUCUUCUCUCCUCUUAUGAAUUGCAUCAAACCAAAUUCUAUCAACAAGAACACUUCCCUGGUCCGAACAGAUAUGAGUUCCAAAUACUCAUCAGACCUCAAGUACUACACAUCCGCUUGCCAACAAGACUCCGACCUCAAAACCUUUGAUUCCUCCCUUCACAAGCGAACAAAUAGUGUCAUGAAGUUGCUCGCUGAUCAGGCCAAGUCCCAGUCUAUAUCCCAAGGCUCACUCAUAGUCAUGGAGGUCUACGAGUUUAUGCUCGACCUCAACCGAGACGUAGUAAAGGAGAUCAUCGAAAGCAGAGAAGACGUCAGGAACAACAAAGACCUGACUUCUUUGGUCGAUGUCUACUUCAAAAACACCUCCAAGACCUUAGACUUCUGCAACACCGUCCAGAACUGCGUCAAGAUAGCAGAGAACAGCCGCCUUAUCAUCCGAUACGCGGUGAAGCAGUUCGAGGCAGAAUCCGAGGACGCGAAGAGGAACAAGUACGCGAAAACCUUGGAGGAGCUGAAUAAGUUUAAAGCCGUGGGAGAUCCUUUCGACGGAGAGUUGUUGACUCAGUACGAGUCGGUGUGCGAGGAGCAGGAUCUGCUUCUUGAGGAAUUGGGUAAGCUGAGAGCAAAGCUCGACAAGAAACAGAGGAAUCUAAAGACGUGGAGGAGACUUUCAAACGUGGUUUUCAUAACUGCGUUCGUCUCCGUUCUUCUCUUAUCGGUGGCUGCGGCGGCAUUGAGCGCGCCGAUAGUGUUGACUGCGGUCGCCGCUGGGUUGACCCCGUCGAUCGAGGUUGUCGGAAAAUGGAGUAACGAGAUGUGGAAGAAGUACGAAAAGGCUGUCAGGGGACAGAGGGAGUUGGUCUCGACGGUGGAGACCGGAGCGAAAGUUAACAGAAUAGCGACGGAUAGCAUAAGACUGGAAGUUGAAAAUCUGAGAAUAAAGUUGAAAUUUAUUCUGGAGACUGUUGAUUUUGCGGUGGAGAGAGAAGGAGGAGGAGAAGAAGAUGAGGAGGCGACGAGACUUGCGAUGCAAGAAAUCAAGAAGAAAGUAGAAGGGCUUACGGAGAAAAUCAAGGAAGUUGGUCAGCAUACGGAUAGGUUCAGCAAAGUCAUUUCUUCGGAGAGACGUCUCGUCCUGCAGCACAUCCUCAGCUUACCCGCCAACUCCCUCUCAUAGAAGGGGUUCUU